CCACCAGUUAAGUUAAAUCAGAGGCAGCCACUGGCACACUGAGGUGGUCUCUCUAUCUCUCUGUCUGUCCUGCUCUGAAAGCAUCAACAGCCUCCUGAUUCAGCACCACAGGACUGGCUGAGGCCCUCGCCCAAGGCCUGUAUCAGUCACCACAGACGCACCCUGCUGACAGGGCCCCCUGUUUAAAAGUCCCAGAAUCUGGCACUAAAAAAGGGAAAAUGCGGAACGUAACGACAGGAGCGACAGACGGGAUAGCUCUGACGUGCGGCAUGUCUGGAAGCCAUGAAUUCAUCUUCACCCUGGUACCCAUCGUCUACGGCUGUAUCUUUGUCAUCGGCAUUGUUGGAAACAGUAUGGUAGUGGCUGUGAUCUACUGCUACAUGAAGCUCAAGACGGUGGCGCAUAUAUUUGUGCUCAAUCUUGCUGUUUCUGACCUCACCUUCCUCAUCACUCUGCCCAUGUGGGCCAUCUUCACCGCCACAGGCUAUCACUGGCCCUUUGGAGGAUUCCUGUGCAAGGCCAGUGCAUUGCUGGUGAUUUUUAACCUCUACACCAGCAUCUUCUUCCUCACAGCACUCAGCAUUGACCGUUAUCUUGCCAUCGUCCACCCAAUGCGAUCACGCAGGUUACGCACUGUGCUGUACGCACGUAUCACCUGCGUGGUGAUCUGGCUUUUUGCCUUUGUGCUUAGUGUGCCCUCAGCAAUGAGCAGGGAUGUCCACAACAUCAAAAACUCCACUACAGUGUUGUGUGGCACUCUUCACCCGACCAUUGAAAAUCCCAUAAUUACGAAAGAGUUCCUGCUGGCCAUCAGCCUGAUGAAAAGCCUGCUCGGCUUCCUGGUGCCCUUUGUCAUCAUCAUCACCUGUUACUGCCUCAUUGGACGUGCACUGGUGGGGGCGAGGCACAUCCAGAAAAGCUCCCGUUCACGGGAUGACGAGGUGCUGCGCAUGCUUGCAGCAGCUGUCCUGGCCUUCUUCCUGUGCUGGGUGCCCCAUCAGGUGUUCCACUUGAUGGAUAUGCUCACCCAGCCGUCACUCGAAAAGAACUGUGCCAUCAAAGAAAUCAUUGACACCGCCAUGCCCUUCACUAUCUGUAUUGCCUACUUCAACAGCUGCGUUAACCCUCUUGUGUACGGCUUUGUUGGGAAUAACUUUCGCAAAAACUUGCUGCGACUGUUGCGCUGCUCUCCAGAUGGAGUUAGAGUGUCUCACCCGAGCAUCAGCUCCAGGAUGAGUGCCCUCUCUUUUCGUGCCUCUGAGGCACUGAGCCUCACAGCCAAAAGCAAGGCCUCUUCUGACGUGAAGUGACAAAGAAGAAAAAGAGUCCAAGUUUACUCUCCCCGCUCUUUGGGUCUGUGGUUAAGGGACUGGGGAUGGAGACAUUCCAUGCUUUUAAAACCCCAACUGUAUUGCAAAGCACUGAAACACGCAGAAUGGUUGAAACGUUGUAUUCAUGUCCCUCUGUAAGUAAGUCCAAAAUAAAUCCACCUUGUACAAUGCUACUCAAAAACUAUUACAUGUCACACGGCACUCAUACUUGUAACAUGCAUGCGGGCAAAUGUUUCUUCUCUUUUAAAUUAAAGUCAGUGUCACUGACGUCUGUGUUUUUAAAUAAUCCAGGAAUUUACUAUAUCAAUGCUACAAAAGACUAUAUACGUACAUAUCACUUAUCCCAUUAUUUACAUGAGAUAUGCAUAUGCUGCAGGAUUUUGUCGCUUUGGUGCCUUAAGGACACAGUGCAGUAAUAUAUUGUCCUGUGAUAACCAUUCUGUGUGCUCAGUAGGUCUUUCACCAGUCGGAACAGUGAUCAAGUGCUCAGCAAAGAUGCCAAAGCUAAAAACAAAAAAAAAUAAAAAUCAUGAUCGACACAUGCAUGCUCUGCCAGCAGCUGUACGCAUGGAACAAUUGGUAAAGUGUAGCAAAAAUGUGAUGUAUGUUUAUAUCAGUUCGUAACAUAUUUGACUAUGAUAACUAUAGUGCCUGUAUAUGCUGUUUGUGGUUCAGUGUUUGCAUAAUAACAUUGAAAUGAUGAAAUGUUACCUAGUCUGGGAGUAACAUGCUGUAUAAAUAAGAGUGCUACACCAACACUCUGGGGUGAUCAUUGUCAAUAUCUCUGGUUGUUUUCUUUGUGAUAUUUAAACAUGUUGAUAGAUUUUGUUUUUCCUACUCUGUAAGUGUACAGGUUGUGAAUAUGUGAAAAUAUGAAUAAAAUUUAAAAA